CAGCCGGCGAGCUUACUGCCUGUUGCUAAGCCUCGAAGGAAGCUCUGUGCUCCGGCUGCGCUCAGUCAGAGUCUUUGCGGCCCACUCUCUCAGCGAGGAAGAUGGACCGUGUCCUGUGCCCGGGGGAUCGUGGUGAAGAGAAGGGUUCGGUAACGGAGCACAGAGCGGUUCCCUGGCAGAUCUUCCCCGUGCUCUCAGAUCAGCAGUCUCAGGGCGUUGAGCUGGCCUUGGCAUAUGCGGUGCCCAUCCUGGACAAGAAGAAGACCUCUCGCUUGGUGAAGGAGGUGUCCGCCCUGUACCCCCUCGAGGGCCAGCAGCAUCUCAAAAGGGUGCGCGCCUGCCCAGAGGAGGCCAGCCCCCACCCGCUGGAGAUGCUGGUUUGUUUAGCCAGGCCUGGGAAGGAGCAGGCCGAAGGCCCGCGCACGCUCUCUGAGCUCCUGCCCGACGAGCAGGUGGACCGCCGCGGCCUUGGGGAGCCCUUCCUGGUGCACGUGCCUGCCCACCCCCCUUUGACGAGGACGCAGUUUGAGGAAGCCAAGUUCCACUGGCCCACGGCUUUCCACGAGGACAAGUACGUCACCAGUGCCCUCGCGGGGCGCCUCUUCUCCCGGGAGGAGCAGGUGAAGAUGCAGGCGUACAUGAGGCGAGCCAUCGGGGCAGCCCGGCAGGGGGCAGAGCAGGGCAUGAGGGCCGUCGGGGCCGUGGUGGUGGAUCCGGCCACAGAGGCCGUGCUCGCAGUGGGCCACGACUGCAGCAGUGCCGCGCGCCCCCUGCUGCACGCCACCAUGGUGUGCAUCGACCUGGUCGCCCACGGGCAGGGCAGGGGCACCUACAGUUUUCAGGCUCACCCGGCUUGCACCUUCUCUCCGCCAGAGAGCAGAGAGGCCCCGGCCCCCAAGGCUGUCCGGGCUGGCAGAGUGCGGAAACUGGAAGCCAGAGACGACGGGUUGCCCUACAUCUGCACCGGCUACGACCUUUAUGUCACCAGGGAGCCGUGCGUCAUGUGCGCCAUGGCUCUGGUGCACUCCCGGAUUCAGAGGGUCUUCUACGGGGCAGCGUCGCCCGACGGCGCGCUGGGCACCAAGUUCAAGAUUCACACCAGACCGGACCUCAACCACCGUUUCGAGGUGUUCAGAGGCAUCUUGGAGGACCAGUGCUGUUCCCUGCUCAGAGAGAGCUAAGCAGACAGCCGGGCUUCCGAGUGGCCUGCAUUUUUCCUCUCCCACUCCUUUUUCCAUCCCAGCACAGUGAGGCCUGUUCCCGUCUCUCCCAGGGGGCCUGGAGACUUUCCGUUUGUCUUCCCGGUGUUAGUUACCCUUAGGGGCUGCCACGUGGCCGUUCUCAUGCCCCCUCUUUUUAUGAUCUGGCUGUUUGUCACUUAAGACAAAGAUUCGGUGAGGAUUCAGAACAUCACCUCUUAUGUUUAUGGCUGUGGCUAGACUUCUUGCUGGCCAAUUUCACCUGGAAAAUAAUUUGUUUGCAUGCCCUCCUUGUGAUCAUGCAAAUUCAGUCUGUGGCUGUCUGGGUGGAGCUUGUUCUGCGGAGCAUUCCAAACUGGGGGUCCUUGUUGGAGUGUAACAGGACCUCUAGCAGCAUGAUAAAGUGGGAGAACCAUUGCUUUGUUUUUAAAUCUUGGAAAUCCUGGGUGUGACUUUUUAUAAUAACUAUGAUUGUCUUUUGUUAAAUCAAAUUAUGAAAAACAAACCUUGAAAUACCAAAAUGAAAAUAAAUAAAUUUGGAUCAUUGCCAGAAUUUAAUAAUCAUCAUAAACAUGGACAAAAGUGUUUUAUUUCUGAGAUAUUUCGUGUGUCAGUACUUGCACUAUCUACCUCGCAGGAUUGCUGUGGAAAAAACACUUUGCAGAUCUUCAAGUGCCAUGCAAAUGUAGGAGGCCUAGGUCCCAUACAACCAUACCUGUAUUAAUUACAUUUCCUAAGUAUCUGUGAUGUACCAUCUCCAUGAAGCAGUGGGUGAGGCUGAGCAGUGUGUCAAAUUGGGGAGCAUUUGUGAAGCACAAAUUCCACAUGUGUGGAAAGGAGAUUGCUGUAGAACCCAGGAGCUUGUUAGAUCAAAGUUGAAUUCAGUUCAGUAAACGUUUUUUUUUUUUUUUAAUUAAAAAGAAAUUUUCUUUGACAAUGUUUUUAUCACUUCUGUUUCCCACUUUUCCCUCCGAAAGCCUCCCCCAAAGAGCUAUUUGUGAUAAUAAAGAAGAAAAAGAGAGAAGUAAAGGAGAAAAAAUUCUUGAACCAACUAUCAUGGCAAAAAAAAAUUUAUCUCACAUAUUCAGUCUUCCACACUCAUGGUCCCAUCGCUUGUGUAAUGAAGUGGGAAGGAACUAUCUGCCCCACAUUAGAAUGGAAGCUCUUUGAGAGUAGGGACUAUCUUGCUUAUUUUUCUAUCCCUCUAGAGCUUGACAGAGUAACUGUUUAACAAUACUAUUUUUGACAUAUCUCUUUAUAUAAAAAUACCUUUUUUAUCUUUCUUGUUUGAAGCCAAGCUUGGCUCCAAGUAAUUUUGAAACAUUCAUUUCCAAUUAUUUGGUUAUUACUGUUGUAUAUAUUUUUUUUCCAUCGUU